GUCGAAACUCGGGAGCUUAAAUAGGGGCCCAUGUGCCGACCUCCAUAUGUAGAUCACCAACACCGCUGCGAGCUGAAUCUCGUCCCAUGCCCGUUUCAUUCUCCAUUAAAUCGCUGUUCUGUCCUUCCUAGUCGCGACCACUGUUAAUAUCAACCUCCUCCAUCGUCACCAUCUCGUGAAGAAAAAAAACCACACACGUCGCGGCCAUGGCAAAAAUAGUCACCCGCACCAUCAGCAACAAGCUGUUCGCCCAGCCCAUGGCGCCGCCCGACAGCUUCAAGGGCCAAAAGGUGCUCGUCACGGGCGGCACCACGGGCCUGGGGCUGGCCACGGCCAUGCACGUGGUGGGGCUGGGCGCCGCCGCCGUCUCCAUCACGUGCCGCGACGCCGCCCGCGGCGAGGCCGCGAGGAAGCGCAUCGUCCAGGCCGCCGAGGUCGCCGCCAAGAAGGCCGGUGGUGGCGCCGCUGCCGCCGAGGUGCGCGUCCUGGAGCUCGACAUGAGCGUGUACUCGUCCGUCGUCGCGUUUGCGGACACGCUAAAGAGGGACUUUGCUGCGGAUGGCGGGUUUGAUUGGAUUUGCCUCAACGCCGGUGUCAUCGACGCCUCGUGGUCUCAGAGCCCCGAGGGAUGGGUCCCAACCCUGCAAGUCAACGUCCUGAGCACCGUGCUCCUCGCGCAGCUCCUCCUGCCCUGGCUCAAGUCCCUCCGCGCCGCGCGCGAGCGGCCCGCCCACCUGACCCUCGUCGGCUCGGGUGUGCACCUGCACGUCGACGUGUCCAAGUGGCCGGCCCUCGCGGCCAAGAGCGGCGGCAUCCUCAAGCACUUUGGCGCAAAGGAGAACUUCAACGGCAGCGGGCUGUACGCCGUGUCCAAGCUGGUGCUGCAGCACGCGCUCGUCGAGCUCGCGCGCGCCGCGUCGGACCACCCGGCCGCGGGCAGCGGCAGGCCCGACGUCGUCGUCAACACGUGCUGCCCGGGAAUGGUCCGCACCGAGAUCUCGCGCUCCAUGAAGGAGGAGUCCAUCGUCGUCCGGCUCGGCGAGCCCCUGGUCAUGGCGCUGCUGUCCCAGAGCCCCGAGGUCGGGGCGAGGACGUACCUGGCCGCCGGCCUGACCGCCGAGAGCGAAAACGGCAAAUUUAUUUGCAAAUAUAUUUCCGACAAAGAUUAUGAAAAGGAAUCUGUCCCUGUCCUAACCAGCGAGACGGGCCAAAAGGUGCACAAGCUCUUGUGGGACGAGAUUCAGCAAGAGCUCAGCUCAAAGGUGCCAGCACUGAAGCAGUUAUAGAGUCGUCUUCUUUUUGUACGGCGAGGUUAAUGCGAUUGGUGAUACUCUUUUGAAGUAGUAUUGGAGGGAGGUGCGAGGGUGAGAAGGAGGAUAUUGACAUGAGAUUGAAAUCAUUAUGGGCUAUGUAAGUAAUUCUAUGCCCUAGCUGCGCGAUUCCUAUAUAAUAUACCCCCGAAUUGCGAUUUUCAACUUCACAA